AUGAUCAACAUGAGGGCUCUUCGACAGACCGGCCAAUGCCUUCGAGGCAAGUCUUCUCUGGCCAGCCGUGUUUCUACGAGAACUUUUGCUUCUCAAACAGAUCUCCUGGGUGCUACUCUUCAGAAUGGCGACCCUGAGAUCCACGCCAUCUUGAAGCGCGAAGAGACGCGCCAGAACCACUUCAUCAACCUCAUCCCUUCGGAAAACUUCACCUCGCGAUCCGUCCUCGACGCUCUUGGCAGUGUCAUGCAGAACAAGUACUCGGAGGGAUACCCCGGUGCUAGAUACUACGGCGGCAACGAACACAUCGACGAGGCCGAACGUCUGUGCCAGAAGAGAGCCCUCGAGGCUUUCCGUCUCGAUCCUGAGCAGUGGGGUGUCAAUGUUCAGCCUCUUUCUGGCUCUCCUGCCAACCUCUACGCUUACUCUGCCCUCCUCAACACUCAUGAGCGCAUCAUGGGUCUCGACCUUCCUCAUGGCGGCCAUCUCUCCCACGGUUACCAGCUGCCUCACAAGAAGAUCUCGAUGGUGUCCAAGUACUUCGAGACCUUCCCCUACCGCCUGAACGAGGAGACUGGCUUGAUCGAUUAUGACAAGCUCCGCGACAACGCUAUCCUCUACCGACCCAAGAUCAUCAUCGCCGGAACCUCUGCCUACUCUCGCCUUAUCGACUACGAGCGCAUGCGUGCCAUUGCCGAUGAGGUUGGCGCAUAUCUUUUGUCUGAUAUGGCUCACAUCUCUGGCCUUGUCGCUGCUGGUGUGAUUCCCUCGCCUUUCGACAAGUCAGAUGUUGUGACGACUACUACCCAUAAGUCCCUUCGAGGUCCUCGAGGUGCCAUGAUCUUCUUCCGCAAGGGUGUGCGAAGCACCGAUAAGAAGGGCAACAAGAUCCUGUACGACCUUGAGGGUCCUAUCAACGCCUCCGUCUUCCCCGGCCACCAGGGCGGUCCUCACAACCACACCAUCACUGCCCUCGCUGUCGCCCUCCGCCAGGCCAAGAGCCCUGAGUUUGCCGAGUACCAGAAGACAGUGCUCGCAAACGCGCAAGCUCUCUCUGGUCAGCUGUCUAGCUUGGGCUACAAGCUUGUCUCUGGCGGCACCGACAACCACCUGGUGCUCGUCGACCUCAAGUCCAAGGGCGUCGACGGCGCCCGUGUCGAGCGUGUUCUCGAGCUCGUCGGCGUCGCGAGCAACAAGAACACAGUCCCCGGUGACCGAUCUGCCCUCAAGCCCGGUGGUCUCCGUCUGGGCACACCCGCCAUGACGACCCGCGGCUUCACUGCCGAGGACUUCAAGCGCGUGGCCGACAUUGUCGACCGGGGCGUCAAGAUCGCCAUCGCCGUGGACAAGGACGCCCGUGCGGCUGCCGAGGCCAAGGGCGCCAAGAACCGCAAGACCGUCAAGGCCUUCCUCGAGUACCUUGGUGAUGGAUCUUCGGUCAAGGAGAUUGGCGAGCUGCGGAAGGAGGUUGAGGAGUGGGUUGGCGGAUUCCCCCAGCCUUGGCUUCAGUCGUGA